GGAGUCAGGAGAACGGGCUGGGACGGGGCUCGGGCAAGAUCGGGCCGGGGGAGAUCCGGCAGGCCUGGGCCGCCUGGCGCGGAGCGGCGGCUGGGGGCGCGAGGCCCCUCUGGGCCUGGACAGCCGCCCACGACCAAGCUCCCGCCUCUUUCCCAGAUGCCGCGUCACUGCUCCGCCGCCGGCUGCUGCACACGGGACACGCGCGAGACGCGCAACCGCGGCAUCUCUUUCCACAGGUCAGCGCGCGUGCGCAUGCGCCCGUUUUACCCUCUUCGCGGAGCCACGAUUGCGCACGCGCCUUCCUCUGUUUGGCGCGAGGCUUGUAUUUGUAGACUUCCCAAGAAGGACAACCCGAGGCGAGGCUUGUGGCUGGCCAACUGCCAGCGGCUGGACCCUAGCGGCCAGGGCCUGUGGGACCCGGCUUCCGAGUACAUCUACUUCUGCUCCAAACACUUCGAGGAGAACUGCUUUGAGCUGGUGGGCAUCAGUGGGUAUCACAGGCUGAAGGAGGGGGCGGUUCCCACGAUAUUUGAGUCUUUCUCCAAGCUACGCCGGACGACCAAGACCAAGGGACACAGUUACCCACCUGGCCCCCCCGACAUCAGCCGGCUCCGGCGAUGCAGGAAGCGAUGCUCUGACAGCCGGGGGCCCACGACUCCAUUUUCUCCACCUCCACCUGCUGAUGUCACUUGCUUUCCUGUGGAAGAGGCAUCAGCCCCUGCUGCUUUGCCUGCCUCCCCCACUGGGAGGUUGGAGGCUGGCCUCAGCAGCCCCUUCUCAGACCUCCUGGGGCCCCUGGGUGCCCAGGCAGAUGAAGCAGGCUGCAGCGCCCAGCCCUCACCGGAGCGGGAGCCAGAGAGACAGCCGUCCCCCCUUGAGCCACGCCCCGUGUCACCCUCAGCCUAUAUGCUACGCCUCCCACCCCCAGCGGGCGCCUACAUCCAGAAUGAGCACAGCUACCAGGUGGGCAGCGCCCUGCUCUGGAAGCGGCGGGCUGAGGCCGCACUUGAUGCUCUGGACAAGGCCCAGCGCCAGCUGCAGGCCUGCAAGCGGCGAGAGCAGCGCCUGCGGCUCCGGCUAAGCAAGCUGCAGCAGGAACGGGCACGGGAGAAGCGGGCGCAGGCUGAUGCCCGCCAGACUCUGAAGGAGCACGUGCAGGACUUUGCCAUGCAGCUGAGCAGCAGCAUGGCGUGAGUGAAGGGCUGCUGGCCCCGGAGCUUCGGGCUCUUCCUCCCUCAGAAUCCACCUGGAAAGGGACCCGGUCUGAGCUGUGUCCACCAGACCUGCCAGAUGCCAUAAUAAAGUGGAUUCUAGGAGGCCCUA